AUGUCUUCUUCUCCCACAUCCUGGACGACGCCAUUGAUCUUCCAUGGCACCUUUAUCCACUCCAUCAGCCCCAAGGAAGUCGACAUCAUCCUCAACGGCCUUCUUGUGGUCUCCCAGCAGGGGAAGAUUGUCUUCUUGCGUCGUAAUGUACCGGCGCCCGACGUGAAGAAGCUGCUGAGGUUUCUCCCCGGCUUGCCCAACUUGUCCGAUUCGCCUGUCCGAUUCCUCACGCGAGGUGAGUUUCUGAUACCAGGCUUUGUCGACACGCACAACCACGCUCCACAAUGGACGCAAAGAGGCAUGGGCCGGGGACUCCUGAUCAUGGACUGGUUGAACAAGGUCACGUUCCCCCACGAAGCCAAGUUUGAGGAUCCCGAAUAUGCUCGCCAGACUUAUGCCAGCUGUGUCGAUGGCUUCAUCAAGCAAGGCGUGACCACAGCGGCGUACUAUGGCAGCCUGCACGGCGAGGCCACCAAGAUUCUUGCAGAUACGUGCCUGGAAAAGGGCCAGCGGGCACUGGUGGGCAAGUGCUGCAUGGUACGGAAUGCUCCGGACUUCUACCGCGACAAGACCAACAAGGAGUCACUCGAAGUGACCGAGGACUUCAUUGCACAUGUGAAGAGCAUAGACCCGUCCGGGCUGCUGGUCCAGCCGAUCUUGACUCCUCGUUUUGCAAUCUGCUGUGAUGAAGAGCUACUGGCGGGAAUAGGCGACAUUGCAAGCAAGCAUCGGGAUAUGAUGAUCCAAACCCACUUCAAUGAGGCGAAACAAGAAGUGGCAGUGACCAAAGAGUUGUUCCCCCAGUUCGAGAAUGAGGCCGAUCUUUACGAGCAUUUUGGGCUCUUCAACAAUCGCACAAUCAUGGCUCACUGCAUCUAUCCAGAUGAUUACGAGAUCGGCCGGAUCAAAGCCUGCGACGUCGGGGUGGCGCAUUGUCCCGUAAGCAACACCACAGGAGGUGAAUGGGGCGCUGCGCCGAUCAGACGGUAUCUCGACAUGGGCAUAAAGGUCGGGUUGGGCACAGAUUCUGGAGGGGGCUUCAGCAGCAGUAUCCUUGACGCCAGUCGACAAGCAUUCAUCAUCAGCCUGGGUCGCGAGCUGAUGACAGACGGCAAAGAGCAACGCUUGACACUCUGGGAGUGCUUCUACUUGGCCACCUUGGGCGGCGCCAAGGUGUGCUGUCUAGCGGAUAAGAUUGGGACAUUUGAGACCGGGAAGGAUUUUGAUGCUCUCGAGGUUACCACCUUGUUGGACGAUGGGCAAAGCUCACUCGUUGAAGAGGACGAUUCGGUCGCGGACAUUUUUGAAAAGUUUUUGAUGACAGGAGAUGAUCGAAAUAUCGCCAAAGUCUUUGUGAUGGGAAGAUCGAUCAAGAAGUCAAAACAGUGA